UCCGACGGGCGCUGCUGAGGAGACUGCUUCCCUACCGCGUGGUUCCUGGGUGUCUUUCGCUGCUAGGAGUUAUAACUGUCAGCUGGCAGCCAUGAAUGAAUGGAUGACGAAAGGCCCUUUAGAUUGGCAAGAUUACACGUACAAAGAAGUCAAAGUGAGAGCCAGUGAAAAGGAUUAUAAAGGAUGGGUUUUAACCACAGACCCAGUUUCUGCCAAUAUUGUCCUCGUGAACUUCCUAGAAGAUGGCAGCAUAUCUGUGACUGGAAUUAUGGGCCAUGCCGUGCAGACUGUUGAAACUGUGAACGAAGGGGACCAUGAAGUGAGAGAGAAGCUGGCACGUUUGUUCAUGUCUGGAGACUGCAAGGAAUAUAGCCCUGAGGAUCUGGAGAAGAGAAAGAACAGCCUCAAGAAAUGGCUCGAGAAGAACCACAUUCCCAUCACUGAACAGGGAGAUUCACGAAGAACUCUCUGUGUGGCUGGGGUUCUGACUAUAGACCCCCCGUAUGGUCCCGAAAAUUGCAACAGUUCUAAUGAGAUCAUUUUGUCCCGGGUUCAGGAUCUUAUUCAAGGACAUCUUGCAGCUACCCAGUGAGAAGCCAAGAACUAUGGAUAUACACCCAUUGGAAUAAGACUUCAUCUUUAUUUUUUCCUUCAUGAAGUGUUUUGAAUGUUAAAUCUGUCAUAAGACUUCAGAGGCACGUGUGUGUGUGAGAGAGAGAGUUUUAAUUCUCUGUUGUUUUGGUAAAAUCAAAGAUGUGGAUUAUGAGUGCUAAUAACUGUGGCUAGGAUAGUAUCACAGGCAACAAAACAGCACAGGGACAUUAGGAUUGGAGGAGUCUUGGUGGGGAUACACCUCCAUUUUUGUUGCACAAGAAAUGUAUUUGGAAGCAAUGCAACAUGUUAGAGUCCAUAUAAAAUGUUAAGUCCCUUGCA